CACAUCGAAAAUGGAUUUCACCGCUCUUUCUGCGCACGCGCGAGGAGCAGUAGUUGCGAGGGAGAAAUAUGGGGACUUUUGGUGCUCAAAACUUCUCUUCGCCUAGGUACUACGGGGAAGAAAGCUGUUAGCUCUGUUUGUCCCUAGCCGAGCUUGCAGCACAGAAUCGACAGGAUGCGUGGGCGGCAAGACGAAAAAGCCGCGUCCGAGGUUGUGGACGCUUCCAGACACAAGACUGAUUUAUGCAGCAGGCGCUCCUUGGCUGCAUCUACAAUGCUAGCUCAAGGCGAGAAUGCUUUGGGCACGUUGCCAUCUGCGUCCACAGUCAUCCUGGCACAACUGCCAUGGUGGAAAAGGAAAGUAUCAGCAACGUUCUCACACCUACACUGUCCUUAUUGGCCACAGAAGAGACCAGGGUCACGAUGUUGGGCAACCAUGACGAUAAGAGCAGUCGGACAAGCUGAAGCCAUUGCAGAUGCGGUCUCGUCACCGGGAGGUAUGGUGACAAGCUCGAUGUACCGACCACUUCGGAGUGCCAUGACGAGGACGGGGAUCGCUAACCUCCACUAGAAUGUUGCACAGACACAGACGAAAUACACAGAUGAAAGAGGCUAUUUACACUGGAGCCAGAAAGCCAGUCCGACACUCGCUCACGCCAUAAGCCCGGACACGCUUCAUCUCUUCCUCGCGGCGGCUUGCCUUUUGAGCAUCUCUCGAUGAGAUUGUAAUAAUAUGAAUGUCUGUACUAUAUAGUGUGGUGUGUAGUGCGUGACACGGUGUGGCAGAUGGAGAGAGACAAGAAGCAGACGAGAAAGAAUGUGCGCGCAGAGGCGAAUUCUGUACUGGAUGGAAGACAACGUUGAAGAGCAUCCAGCACGUGAGCACGCAGCACAAGAAGAAAAAAAUAAAAGGAAAAGGCAUCCAAUCAGAAGAAAACACGGAGCUUCCAGGGGCCAAUCAGGAAAAAACAAAUCGACCAGAGCGACAGAAAAGCGAGGUGUGCUGGCAGAAGAAGGGAGAGUUUCAAGAAGCGACGCCAAGAGAAGGUCGGCCACCGGACCGGGAGUUUGCGGACAGGUUGGCAGGUUGCGGACCCGAGGCAC